AUUCUUCUUUUGCGGGUCUUGUCUGUAUCUCUCCUGCAGCCUCUGACGUUGAAACUCAACGAUUUGAUUUGCGGGGAUUUAGCUGGAAUUUUCGUGGAUGAAUCUAGGUUGAUUUUUAUAGGCAUUGGGAUUACAAGUUUCUGCGAUUUCAAACUGAGUCACGUUCCGAGUCAUGGCGGGGAGGUCUGACUCAGUGUCGAUCCGCGUUCCGUACAAGAACCUCCGGAAAGCGGAACUGGAAUUGGUGGGGGUUGAUGAUAUCCAUCGUGGGAUCGACCUCAAUUCUCCAACUUCUCCCUCGUCUGAUCAUGGGCUUCCCAAUGGAUCUACAAGUGACUCUCCUGCAGCUGCCGCCGCCGCACCUUCUAGUCGGAAUAUUAGCUUGAUAACUCUCGUUCUUUGUUGUACGGUUGCCGGGGGUGUUCAAUUCGGAUGGGCGCUGCAACUUUCUCUCUUGACUCCGUAUAUUCAGACGCUGGGGAUUGGUCACGCGUUUUCUUCAUUUAUUUGGCUAUGUGGCCCUAUUACAGGCCUUGUGGUUCAACCCUGUGUUGGUAUUUGGAGUGACAAGUGCACUUCAAAGUAUGGUAGAAGACGCCCAUUUAUUCUUGUUGGAUCUCUUAUGAUCUCAGUUGCUGUGCUAUUAAUAGGGUUUUCUGCAGACAUUGGAUAUGUGUUAGGGGACACAAGUGAGAGUUGCCGAACAUUUAAGGGAACCCGAACGAGGGCUGCUCUCAUAUUUAUUCUUGGGUUCUGGAUGCUGGACCUUGCCAACAAUACUGUGCAGGGACCAGCUCGUGCACUUUUGGCUGAUCUGUCAGGUCCUGAUCAACGCAAUGUAUCAAAUGCUAUAUUUUGCUCAUGGAUGGCAGCCGGAAAUAUUCUAGGAUUUUCUGCUGGUGCUAGUGGAAAGUGGAACAAGUGGUUUCCUUUCCUGAUGAGUAGAGCUUGCUGUGAAGCAUGUGGCAACCUUAAGGCAGCAUUUCUUGUAGCUGUGGUUUUCCUGACGCUUUGCACUCUUGUCACCUUGUAUUUUGCUGAUGAGGUUCCUCUUACUGUGAAUCAACAUCAUCGCUUAUCAGAUUCAGCUCCAUUGUUGGAUGACCAGCAACAAAUUGGCUUUGAAUUUUCCAAAGCUAAGCCUGCUGUACCUGUUAUGGAUGAUUUAAAUGGCAAGAUUACUGAGGAUCACUUUGAGAGGAAUGUAAAUAUGAAGAACGAGAACUCGAGAGCUGAAGAACAUGAUGAAACUAUCAUGGAUGGACCUGGAGCUGUGUUGGUGAAUUUCUUGACCAGUAUAAGGCAUUUGCCACCUGCAAUGCAUUCGGUGCUUCUAGUAAUGGCUCUCACUUGGAUGUCAUGGUUCCCCUUCUUUUUGUUUGACACAGACUGGAUGGGAAGAGAAGUUUUCCAUGGGGAUCCUAAGGGGAACCCUUCUGAAGUAGAUUUUUAUGAUCAAGGCGUUAGAGAAGGUGCAUUUGGUUUGCUAUUGAAUUCUGUUGUGCUUGGAAUCACCUCUUUCUUAAUUGAACCGAUGUGUAAGUGGAUGGGUGCGAGACUAGUAUGGGCAAUGAGCAAUUUCGUUGUUUUUGCUUGCAUGGCUGGUACUGCUAUAAUUAGUCUGAUUUCCAUCCGAGACUAUUCUGAAGGGAUUGAACAUGUACUUGGAGCAAAUGAAACCAUCAAGAAUGCUUCCUUGGUUGUGUUUAUUCUUCUUGGGUUUCCUCUUGCAAUCACCUAUAGUGUUCCUUUUGCUGUAACAGCAGAACUGACUGCUAAUUCAGGGGGUGGCCAAGGAUUGGCCAUAGGAGUUCUAAAUCUUGCUAUUGUUUUUCCACAGAUGAUUAUAUCCCUUGGUGCCGGUCCAUGGGAUGCUCUUUUUGGCGGAGGCAAUGUACCUGCCUUUGUAUUGGCUUCCGCUUGUGCUCUUGCCGGUGGUGUAAUUGCAACUCUUAAGCUUCCAAAUCUUUCUAAUCGUUCCUUCCAGUCACCAGGAUUACACUUUGGCUAAUGGUUGGGAGAUCUAACACUACGACACGUUAAACUUCACAUGGUUGUCGCCAAUUUGAUGAACAUGUGAAGUAUUAGAGAGAAGGUGCAGUGAUGACGUGUGUGUUUCGUUCAUUGUCCAGAGAAUGCUGCAUCUCACAUUCAAAUUCAUUCAUUUUUUUUAUCCUCCCACUUCAUUGUGGGUGCCUGUAUUUUGUAUGUAAACUGACAGCAUAAUUGAAAGUUAUAGGUGCAUAUAAUGAUAAAUUUUGUAGUCAGUCCUAUUCAGUGCAAGAGUCAUUACAAAUAUUGAUUUCCUUGUUUUGAGAUAUAAUAAUCUAGUGUAUGUUGCGAUCCGAAA